AUGAAGCAGACCUUUGGAAUUGUUUCCACAACGGCGAAGAGAGACAGAUGCCAGCCCUACAAGACGGUUCAAUUUCAGUUUGUCCAGGAAUGCGUGUCAGAAGCUCAAGAAGAAUUGAACUUUUUGGAAACACCAGGAUUUUCGGAUUUCUACAAGGGCCGCGUUGCAGUUUCUUGGACGAUCAUGACGAAAUCUAAACUCGAACCGAUCGUACUCAUCUUUGAAGAUUUCUACCUGCCUUGUGAUCUCGGUCAUUUGGUCAUCACAGAGGGACUAGAUGAGUCGCAAGAAAUCUGUGGAACUGACGACAAAUGGCCAGCCAUAAUAGGGAAAAGUACGAACAUGAAGCUGUCAAUCCAGACAAGUCGGUCAACAAUGGAGUGGAAAAUGAAAUUAGGCUUUCGAAAAGACGUUCUCGGCGCCUGUGGCAAACUCGUCAAAAAUUACCCGAGAUCGAUAAACCCUUGCAUACAAGACGAAGCUCCUACUAAACCGAUCCGGACAAAAGGAAAGAUUCCCUUCAAAAAUCCUUUCGGAAAGAAAAUACCCAAAAAAGUGCCGAAAAAAGACGAACCAGAACUAGAAGAAGAAGAAGUCGAAGGAACGAAAAGUGCCGAGGAAGAUCCGAAGAUUCCCAAGAAUUCGAAUCCCAAGCCAACUCGAAAAACAACAACGAGGAGUACGACAAAAGAGCAAAACAUCGUCCAAGGAUACGACCCAAUUCAUGAAAUCGGAGCAGAAGAAUUGCUCAAAUUUCAAAACGAUCUGGACACCCGUUAUUGGAAUUUGGACAGUAGAAAUCACCGGGAAGAAAAGGCUGACAUGAGUUGGGCGCUUUGGAUUGUUCUUUUGCUGAUAGUUACUGGAAUAGUGUCGAUUAUUUCGUUCUACAGAAGGAAAUUGAAGAAUCUUCAUGUUUUGCAAGAAGAAAUGGAGUUGCCGGAAACUUCGAGCUCUAGAAAAUUGAGAAGAUAG